AAAUACAAAAGAGUUACUUGAAUGACGUGUUGUUCCGAUGGCAGACAAGGGAAAGAAGGAUACCACACCACCCCCUCUGCUGCUAAUGCCUGCAGGAGGGGGACUUACAUUGAAUCCACCAUCACAACCCAAUGUUUUAAUGCCAGUGGUGCAAUCUGAGCCUUCAUUACUGGGAUCAGAUGAAGAAGGGGAAGCUGAUAGUUUUGUGGGACAGACUCCACCCCAAAGUUCACAAAGUGCUAACCACAGCACCCCAUUCAGUCAUUUUCAGAACACCCACUCAGGAUCUGAUCCUUUUGCACAUGUUGGCCACAAUCCACUGCCUCCUCAGUCAACUCCAAGGAUGCAGUCUAAUGUAGCGGCCCCGAUCCCUCCCCCUUCAUUUGCGUCACCAUCUCCUGCAGGCCCCCCUCCAGGUCCCUCUUCUGCAAAUGCAUUCAGAAAAACAGAAAGUUUGAGGAAGGUACAGUAUGCCCAGAUGCCUCAAGGAACUUAUGCCCCCACUGAUGGAGGGGUAGGUGGUCCACCCCAAUUUCAAAGUCAGCCCCCCUUGGCACCAUCUUCAGGACCCUCAAUGUUCAGCCCUCCUCCAGUGGCUCAGGUGCCUCCAACAAUGAACCAAACUCACCAGCCCCCCUACCCUCAGUCCCCAAUGCCCCCUAAGCCCAGUUUCACUGCAACAGUCCCCCCUCCCUCAGGGACUGGAGCCACUGCAGAAGGCGGCGGCAUAUACAUUCCUGUCCAGCCCCACUGGUGUUUCUGUAAGAGGGUGGAGAAUCGAGACAUCUGGUACCCCUUCUCUUUAGUGGACAGCAUGAGGCUAGAGGAGGCUCUUAGAUCUGGUAAAACUUCUGACCCAAUACCAACAGAAGGCGGUCGUUAUGAUGCAGUUCUGUCUGACAGACAGCGAGUAGCUGUGUACUGGGAAGAAUCACCAAAUCCAAUCCGACGAUGUACCUGGUUCUAUAAGAGAGAAGGAGACAACAGAUAUGUUCCUUAUGAGGAACACUUUGCCCAGAAGUUAGAGGAGGAGUAUCGAAAUGCCCUACAGUACAAUACAUGGCAUAAACGCUUAGAAUUCCCAGGAGGGGAGACAAUUGUCAUGCAUAAUGCAAAUGUCAUCGUUCACUUCACAGCCUCAUCACAGCCGGACGAUUGGGGAUCCACACAGGCUCCCUCUGCUUCAGUGGGAGAAGGCAUGCGUCCCAGAGUUGUUAAAAGAGGAAUAGAAGACUUCCAAACAAUUAAUGAUGGAGAACCCAUACAGAUAGACCACCUGGUGUUUGUAGUACAUGGUAUUGGGGACUUCUGUGAUGUCAAGUUCAGAAACAUCAUUGAAUGUGUUGAUGAUUUCCGCUCCAUUUCCCUGAGUCUGCUGAAAUCUCAUUUUGGGACGUAUGUGGACCAAAAGCGGAUUGGUCGAGUGGAAUUUAUCCCAGUACAGUGGCACUCAGCAUUACACGGGGAUACAACCGGGCUGGAUAAGAGAUUAAAAGCCAUAACAUUGCCCAGCACACCAAAAUUACGUAACUUCAUUAAUGACACACUUCUGGACGUGCUGUUCUACACGAGUCCUACAUACUGCCAGACAAUAGCAGACCAAGUAGGAAAUGAAAUGAACAGGCUUCAUCAGCUGUUUCUGGAGAGAAACCCUCAGUUCCAGGGCACAGUGUCAGUAGCAGGCCAUAGUCUGGGUUCCUGUGUGCUGUUUGAUUUACUGAUGCAUCAGAAUGACAAAGCUGACCAGAGGACCAAUCCUUCCUUACCGAGUGAUCCCGUGCCUCAGACAAAUGGAGUGGAAAUGUCAGCUCCAGCAAAUACUUCCUUUACAACAGAGACAGAAGAGGUAGAGGAAGAGGAGACAACUCUGGAGAAACUCCUCAGUCGAGUGGGCCUUCAGGACAAAGUGUCCAUGUUUGAACAGGAACAAAUCGAUCUUGAUGCAUUGACAAUGUGUACAGAGAGUGAUCUUAAAGAUUUAGGACUUCCCAUGGGUCCUAGGAAAAAACUACAGGGCAUUCUAAAAGAGGAACAGGCCAAAAAGGAGAAAAGAAAACAUGAAAAGGAAAGGAAAACUAAAGAGUCAGAGGAGAGAAGGAUCAGAGAACAGGUGGCAGCAGAAAUGAGGGAAGCAAGGGCUUCACAAGAGAGGUCACUUGUCCAGUCUAGUUCCAGUGUGUCUGUGGAAUUUCUGUUAGGACCCGCCGGGACGGGACAACCCUCAGUCAAGUACCCCAGACUGGACUUCAAACCAAACACACUGUACGCUCUAGGAUCACCUAUCGGGAUCUUUCUCUCUGCCAGGGGUGUGGAUAACAUUGGGGAGGAAUUCACUCUACCCACAUGUCCCAGAGUGUUCAACAUCUUUCAUCCAUUUGAUCCGGUGGUGAGUAAACAUAACCUUAUACAAAAUACAGACUUUAAAACACUGUAUAGAGCGAGUUUAACAAGUAACAUUGAUUUCACUUUCUUGCAAUUUUAUGAUGACUUGAACAUAUUGUUUAUAGGCCUACAGAUUCACCAUUCUCAUAUAAAACCAGGCAGGAAAAGACUUCAUCUAGGUAAGUCAUGUAAACUAGUGUUAAUGCCCCAUCACAAGGGCAGGAAAAGACUUCAUCUAGAAUUAAAGGAGAGUUUGACGAGAGUGGGAGCUGACAUAAAACAGAAGAUCAUUGAUUCUCUGAAGAGUACGUGGAACACGAUUAACGAGUUCGCUAAAGCUCACCGUAACCAGGAGGAAUCACUGGAGCAGCAUGUCGACAGUCACAUGUCAUCGGUCAUGCAGGAACUGGAUGAUGACCAGUCAUCUGUGGCCUCCAGUCAACAAGAAGAUAUCUACAUGGGGCAAUUAAACGAGGGUCACAGGAUUGAUUUCGUCCUCCAGGAGCGCCCCAUUGAAAGCUUUAAUGAUUACCUGUUCGCUCUGUCUAGUCAUGGAUGUUAUUGGGAGUCAGAGGAUACAGUAUUAUUGGUCCUGAAGGAACUGUACUCCCCUCAGGGAAUGACCCCCCAGAUGCCUGGCCCGGAGGGGGCAGUGAAGCUAUACAACACGGCAGCAUCCCCACCCCGGGGACCCCCUCCCAUGUCACAGUACCCCUCCCCUCCUUCCAACCAGCCUGUUGGGGUCAACCUGAUGACUCCUCCUUCACACGGCCCCCCGCCAAUGAGGACUUCUAACAUGAUGCCCCCCAGGGGCUCAGUGCCAUCCCCCUACAUGAACCCAGGAAUGAACUCUGUCCCCCCUCCCCAGCCUGCUAGUUUUGGUCCUCCUCCACUCGCUGGCUUUGUUAAACCUCCCCAAAAAUAGAACAAAAAUUUGAUACAGAAAAGUACAUUAAUUUUAAAGAGCUGUCAUGUGUGGAAUUUCUUUCAUCAGAACAUUUCAUUUCAUCUCUGAUAAGCACAUUCUUCUUACUCAAAGUAUGCAGGGUUUGACAUUAUAUAGAUUCAUGGGUGUGUGCAGGUAUAGUUUUGCCUACUUUUGCUUGUCAUGGAUUCAUUGAAAA